GUUAAUACUUUGCAUGACAAAGAUUUCAGCUUGCAACUCAAUUACAUAUAAUGGAAAGCUGACCCUUAAUUGUUUUGCCUUCCUGGAACCUCUCCACUAACAUUUGAAAUUUAUGGUUCUAUUUGCAUUACGAUAUAAACAAUUCAAUAAUAUUUUCUCAUUUCACAAUGGUGCUAAAGCAAUACGUACUUAGAUCGAUUCGUUCCUUUAUCGAUCGCGUUUAAUAAAAAUAUUGUUUUACAAAAUAAGUACAUGAUGUUAUGGACCCAUAUUACAUUGAUAACUUUCGCUGGAGUUUUCGCAACUAAUUCAGAAAAUCUAGAAGAUGACAGCAAUUUGGACAGCACAUACCCAGAAGGACGUCGAUACUCGCCCAACAACGGCCUCCGCAUCCGGAACGAGUACGGGAGAGGCGUGGAACAUAAUGGCGUGCUGCGGAUCCGUGGUGGCAGCGUGUCUGAUACCAGAAACUAUCCUUACAUGGCCGCCAUAAUAAUAAACGGGCGGCUAUGGUGUGCUGGUGCUAUUGUAGAUAUAAACUGGGUUGUCACCGCGGCGCACUGCUUGAAUUACGUCCUCCACGUAUCUCCCAUGAAGACACUCGGUCAGUUCGUGAAGGUGCGCGUGGGCAGCCACCGGGCGCACGAGGGCGGCACCCUGGUGGACGUGGCGGGCGCUGUCAGACAUCCCAAGUUCGAGGAGGAGCCGGUGCCUCAUGCGGACGUCGCACUGCUGAAACUGGCGGAGAAUUUGGAAUUCAGUAAUUUAAUAAACCUCAUCAAGAUAUAUGAAGGCACUAAGGAGCCGUACGCACAAAGUUUCACCGUAGUCAGCGGGUGGGGUGCCACAAGGGACUCAGACACAGCAUUCCGUGACCACACGCCUGACCUGCUGACGGCGCGCCUGAAGGUGCGCUCGCGCCACUACUGCCUGGAUGCGUACCAACUCGUCAACGGGUUCCAGUUCACAGAGGACUUCUUUUGUGCUUCCCUGAGGAACGGCACAAGAGAUGUUUGCUUGUUCGACGCAGGCGCUCCGGCUGUGCAGCAGAACCGCCUGAUGGGCAUCAUGAGCUUCGGCCCUGAGCGUUGCGGCCACGAGUUCCAGCCCGCUGUCUUCGUUAAGGCUUUCUACUUCAGAGACUUCGUGAAGACGACGAUAUCGUCGUACAAGACGACCGCGGACCUGAUCGAGGCGAUGAAGGAGGUGGACCCGAUGCUCAUGCCCUACAUCCGGAGCAGCGCGCGCCCCACGCCCGAGCCGAACGUCUACAACCGCGAUGACGUCACGCUACCCGACGAGCUGCACGACUGAUGACGUCACGACACCCGACGAACACCGCGACUGUUCCCGCCACGCUAUCAGUACCCUUAGUACGAAUUUACAAUUACGAAAAUAUGAUAGUUUUCGUGAGCUCGCACUCGUACUUAGGAUACUGAUUUUAUUGUUUUCGUUUCAAUAGAAAUAAACAUUGUUUAAAUUCUAUCAUUAAAUCAUUUGCGUCUUCUUAAUUUUUAAGUAUAUUUGGAUACUUUUCACCAAAAUGGACAUAGAAAUAUAAUUUACAAUUAAGAAAACUAUGAUAGUUUUCGUGAGCUCAAACUCGUACUAAGGGUACAGAAGAAUUGUGCGUCUGAUUUCGUAGCGCUACCUGAUAAAGUACAUGACUGAUAUUCGAGUUUAAUUCUUUUUUAUUUGUUUUAGCGACCUCUAUGGUGGAAUGUGAUGUAUGUAUGUCGGUUUUCAAGGUGUUGGCUUCUCUAAUCAGGUCUUCUGUUAGAAACUCCGGACCGCGGACCUGAUCGAGGCGAUGAAGGAAAUGGACCAUGGAUGUCACGUUUCCCGACGAGCUGCACGACUGAUGACGACACGCUGCCCAACGAACUCCGCGACUGAUACUAUCACGUCAUCAGAAUAACUGCGCGAAAAUGUCGUCACGCUACCUGCUACAUUAAUGAAAUGCGACCCGA